GCGCACUGGAGUGUGCAGUAUUUGCAUUGAAGAGCUAGCCUACUCUAGUACUGAGUCCGUUUUCGUCAUUGCAACACUUCAUAUUCAGCCAAACAACGGUUAUCCCCAUUCCGUACGUAAGACUACCCGUUGACAAGUACAUCAGAGCAUGUUGUCGUAUGGAGGGAUCUCAGCGCAAAUCAGCAUUAGCAGGCUAAAGGCAGCUGGAAAGGGUUCGUAUGAGCAGGCUAUCCACUUCCAAAACCAGGUCUUUGAGGACCUCAGACAGGAGUGUCUAGAGGCGGGAUACCUGUUUGAGGACCCCUGCUUCCCUGCUGAACCAUGCUCGCUGGGGUUCAAAGAGCUUGGACCCUAUUCCUCCAAAACCCGAGGAGUGGAGUGGAUGAGACCUACAGAAUUAUGUGGUGAUCCACAGUUCAUUUUGGGAGGAGCCACAAGGACAGAUAUCUGUCAGGGAGCUCUCGGUGAUUGCUGGCUUCUGGCUGCUAUUGCAUCCCUGACUCUUAAUGAAAACCUCCUUCACAGGGUGGUCCCUCAUGGCCAGAGCUUCCAUGAGAACUAUGCUGGAAUUUUCCAUUUUCAGUUCUGGCAGUUUGGGGAGUGGGUGGACAUUGUGAUCGAUGAUCGGCUGCCAGUCAAAGACGGAGAGCUCAUGUUCGUGCAUUCUGUAGAGGGAAAUGAGUUCUGGAGUGCCUUGAUUGAAAAAGCUUAUGCAAAGCUGAAUGGCUCCUAUGAGGCUCUGUCAGGGGGCUCCACCACUGAGGGAUUUGAAGACUUCACUGGAGGAGUGUCAGAGAUGUAUGAGCUCUGCAAACCUCCCAAGGACCUGUACCGAAUAAUCUCUAAAGCCCUGGAGAGAGACUCACUGCUGGGGUGUUCUAUUGAUAUCACUAGUAACUUUGACAUGGAAGCUGUGACAUUUAAGAAGCUGGUAAAGGGUCAUGCCUACUCAGUGACUGGUCUAAGCCAGGUAAAUUUCCAGGGUCAUACGGAGAGACUGAUUCGUAUACGGAAUCCUUGGGGUCAGGUAGAAUGGACAGGUGCCUGGAGCGACAACUCUUCAGAAUGGGAUGAAAUAGAUCCAUCAGAACGAGAAGAUAUGUGUCUGAAGAUGGAGGAUGGAGAGUUCUGGAUGGCCUUCAGCGAGUUUUUGCAGCAGUUCUCCAGGCUGGAGAUCUGUAACCUGACUCCAGAUACCCUAAGUGAGGAGACAAUGAGCCACUGGAAUACCAUCACGUUCCAUGGGGAAUGGAGGAGAGGGAGCACUGCUGGGGGCUGUAGGAACCACCCCAACACAUUCUGGAUCAACCCACAGUAUAAGAUCACACUUUUAGAGGAAGAUGAUGAUCCAGAGGAUGAUGAGGAGGCCUGCAGUUUCCUUGUGGCCCUGAUGCAGAAAGACCGAAGGCUUUCUCGCCGACGAGGACAGGACAUGCACACCAUUGGCUUUGCAGUCUAUGAGAUUCCUAAGGAGUACAGGGGUUGUCAGAAUGUACACCUGAAGAAGGACUUCUUCUUAACCCACUCGUCCUCUGCCCGCUCUGAGACCUUCAUCAAUCUCAGGGAGGUCAGUGCUCGUCUCCGCCUGCCCCCUGGGGAGUAUAUCAUCGUUCCCUCCACCUUUGAGCCCAGCAAAGAGGCCAAUUUUGUCCUGCGGGUCUUCACUGAGAAGCAGUCUGCAACUGAGGAGCUGGAUGAUGAGAUUUCUGCAGACUUGGAGGAUGAGGAGGAAAUCUCUGAGGAUGACAUUGAGGAUUCCUUCAAGUCUAUGUUUGCACAACUGGCUGGAGAUGAUAUGGAGAUAUCUGUCUGUGAACUUAGGACCAUUCUCAACAGAGUUGUAUCAAGACAUAAAGACCUGAAAACAGAUGGCUUCAGUAUGGAGUCAUGCAGGACCAUGGUCAACUUUAUGGAUAAAGAUGGCAGUGCACGCCUAGGCUUGGUAGAAUUUCAAAUCUUAUGGAACAAGAUAAGAAAAUGGCUGGUUAUCUACAGGCAAUAUGACCUUGACAAGUCAGGGACUAUGAGCUCUUACGAGAUGCGUCUUGCUAUAGAAUCAGCAGGUUUCAAGCUCAACAAUGCACUGAACCAGAUAAUUGUUGCAAGAUAUGCUGAAAAUGAUGCCAUUGACUUUGACAACUUCAUCAGUUGCUUGGUUAAAAUGGAGGCCAUGUUCAAAAUAUUCCAGCAGAUGGACAAAGAAGGGACAGGAGAGGUUGAAAUGAACAUAUCGGAUUGGCUGUACAUUACAAUGUGUGGUUGAAGCGGACUGACACUAAAGACAACACAGCGCCAGACUUCUAUAAAAGUGCCUCCCAGCUAUGCUGUUUUCUCCAUGCCAUCUUCAUAUUUCCUUUGUCUCCAAUGAGCACACAAUGCAUUAGUCUUAUAUAUUGGACUUUGUAAGGUGUGAUACCAUGAUUGUGUGAUGUGUCACCAAUUUCAGACCUUGAGGUUCCAGUUAUGUGGCUGUUCAACUGGAAUUGAAUACCCAAUAAUACGUAGUUGUUCUAUGCUGGAAUACUACUUUUAACCUGUUUGUCUUCAUUCAGGAAUAUUGAUUUGAAUGUGUGUCUAGUUAUGCAGCAUGUAUUUCAUAUUUAAAACCAGGAUUGGCUAUUGUUAUCUGUCUGAGAUUUGAUAGGCACUGAAAAGAUGUCAGGGAAGAACAAACAGAUUUGUAUUAAUUUUAUUCAUCCUGUUGUAAAAACACUUUAUUGGUUGCUAAUAGUGGCAACCAGAGAGGAUACAAUUUAACUCUACCUGCAUGUUUUACAAAUAAUCAUACAGAACAUGCCAAGUGUGUUAUCUGAGUUACCAGUGUGAAAUCCUUUAAGUUGUCCAAACCUUAAGCGCACGUCAUCCCUACAUGCUAACUCAGUUACGGGUCAGUAACAAACUUGUAUGAUCUAUCACUUUAGGAUUUGUCUGUUCUUGAAUGCCAACAGCUAUUUUUGAAGAUAUAAAUUCAUAUAUUAAAUACAA